AUGAAUGCCUUUGGUCACUUAUGUGAUCAUCAAUGGCGGAAAUCGCUCAGGUCUGUUGUCCUGCUUUUCCCCAUAUUUUCACGGCAACUCAUCCUUGCACUGUCCGUACCAUACGGGACCGUCCUGAUUAUUUUCUUCCCCCCCCCCUCUCCUUUCCUCUUCUUCCCUUUUUUCUUUUUAUGUUUUAUUAUUCCCCUCUCUUGUUUAUGUUCAUUUAAUUUAUCUGUUCUAAAUCAUACACGAACCGCUUUUGCCCCCAGUGCCGCAUGGAUACCGAGAACCUUAUGGUCUCAUGUUGCGCGGCGUGUUGCUCUGAGCGGUGGCGUGGAGGGGUGUCGUGUGACGGAUGUGCGGGAGUGUUUAAAACAAAAUAUAAUGCUUGAGAAGGUUGCGGGUAGCAGUAGUAGCAGUCGGUAG